UUUCUCUUCUUAUAAUCUUCGCAUAAAACCUUCUCAAUUUCUUCACCAAACUCUUCAUUGAAUCAUACCAAAAGUUGUUAGAAAAAAUACUACGAAUUUUUCUAACCUAAUGGCGAAACAAGGUCUGGAACUUGAAAUUACAGAACUGAGAUUAGGUCUUCCAGGGGGCGGUGACAACAAGAUUUAUGAGAAGAAAAGGGUUUUCUCAGAUAUAUCUGCGGAUGAAGUGUAUGCCAGCAACGAUGACCGGAAAGUUCAGACGAGGAUCCAAGUUGUGGGGUGGCCGCCGGUGUGUUCUUAUCGGAUGAAGAGCAGUUGUAACGAGAAAGAUCGCCUCGAAACUUCAAAAAUGUACGUGAAAGUUAGCAUGGAUGGGGCUCCUUUUCUUCGUAAAAUUGAUUUGGGGAUGCACAAAGGUUACUCUGAUCUUGCCAUUGCGUUGGAGAAGCUCUUUGGUUGUUUCGGUAUAAGUGAGGCGCUAAAGGAUGCAGACAGCUCUGAAUUUAUUCCCAUUUAUGAAGACAGAGAUGGAGACUGGAUGUUAGCAGGAGACGUGCCUUGGGAAAUGUUUAUUGAAUCAUGCAAGAGGGUAAGGAUCAUGAAAAGAUCGGAGGCUAAGGGUUUUGGGUUGCAGGCGGGUGGUGCUAUCAAGGAAAUUUCGAAAAAUGAGGAGUGAGUUGAAAUUAAUUUUGCAUGGAUGGAGAAGUUGAAGUUGAUGGAUCAAUUUCUGUGUUGAUGUUGUUUAUUUAUUUGAUUAAGAAGACAAUUAAUUACUGAUUAAACUAUGAUUACUGUGAACUGUCUCAUAGCUAAAUUGGGAUAGAACCCUUGAUGAUAAGAAAGAUGCUUUUCCUUCUUUUCUCUUAUGAUUUGAUCUUGUUAUAUAUUAAGUAGUUGUAUCUGCAUAAGAUAUAGCCAAUUUGUUGUGA